AUGUCUUUAUAUUCUUAUAUUUCCGGUUUUUUUAUUGCAUUCGUAUCUUACAUUGUAUAUGUUAAAUAUGUGAAUAUUUAUAGCAGUGUCAUUGUGAAACCACAGAAGAGAUAUGACUAUAUUAUUGUUGGGGCCGGCACUGCAGGAUGCGUGCUUGCCUCUCGCCUCUCUGAAGAUCCCACAGUGACAGUGCUGCUGAUUGAAGCCGGUGAUUACAUGGGCUAUUUCACUAGGAUACCUCUCACACCUACAGCUGCACAACAGGGACCUAAUGACUGGUCUGUGAGAACUGUACCGCAAAAAUAUUCAUCUUUUGGCCUUUGGAAACAGACCCAGAUUAUCCCACGAGGUAAAGGCCUGGGUGGAUCCGGACAAAUAAACUUCCUGCUUCAUGGUUUUGGUCUACCGGAGGACUAUGAGAGAUGGUCUCGAAUGGGCUUCAAGGGCUGGUCUUUGGAGGAUUUGAAGCCGUAUUUCAUAAAAGGAUUCGGCACUGUGCGGAGUGAGUUUGACUCUGAGCAUUGCUCUUUAGAUGGCGUAUGUCCAGGGUCUAAGGUUCCAAUGAAACUGAAGCUGAUUGAUGAUCAAAACGAAUUGAUGAGGACAUUUCGUACCGCCACAUAUGAAUUGAGAAGCGAACACACAAUAUUUAGAACAGCCACUGCAACUGUCAAAGAUGGCGUCCGUCAUUUGACUUUCGACGCUUAUUUGAAAUCGGCGUUGAAUAGAAAGAACUUGCAUGUCUUGACAAAUACUCAAGCAGUUUCUAUACGUUUCGAAAACAGAACGGCAUCUUCCGUUUUCAUUCUACAGAACCAUAGACAGCUGUACAAUAUUUUUAUUAACAAAGAGAUUAUUUUAGCUGCUGGUGCUAUAAAAUCUCCACAGUUGUUGAUGUUAUCUGGGAUUGGACCGAGAGAUACGUUGCAAAGGUUAAGGAUAAAAGUGGUAUCCGAGAACGAGCAUGUCGGUAGAAACUUACAUGAUCACAUGAACAUGCCCAUAUUUGUGAGCAUCAAGAAGCCGAUCAGCGUAACUUUAUCCAAAAUCUUCACUAUUGACACUGUAUGGAGCUAUUUCUGGAAAAAUCAGGGCCUGCUGUCAUUCCCGCCAGUUGCUGGCGUGGAGUACCAGAAUACAUCUGCUGUAAUGUUAUUCUCGAUGGGAACUGCCAGCGAAAGGUUACUAAGAGAUCUUUCUAACUAUAAACCUAAGGUAUUCCGUGAUACGUUUCCUUUCCACAAUGACACCAGAAAAGAGGGAUUCAUAUUUUUAGGGACCUGCGUACAACCUAGAAGCAGAGGUACAGUCGACGUGAAAGAUGUUAGCACGACGGUACCUCCCGUAGUGGAUCCAAACUACUUGCAUCAAUAUUAUGACAUUAAGUGUAUGAUUAAAGCAAUGCGUCGCAUAGAAGAAAUGGUGUCCACAAGAGCGUUUCAAGAAAUCGGAGCAAGAAUUCAUUGGCCACGCGUGGAAAGAUGUCUCACAUUCUGGAAUUAUACGAAGCAGGAACAAUUUGGAAGUAUAUUUAGACGAAAGAAAUUCAAAUUCCUUACAAACAAAUCGAAAAAUCAAGAAUCAUUAAUUAUUAAAGAAAAUAAAGACAAGAAGAUAAAAAUGCAAAGUCCACCUGAUGAGUAUCUGGAGUGCAUCAUCAGGGAGGUUGCUGUGACUGGACAUCACGUUGGUGGCACCUGUGCCGGAGGUCGUGUGGUUGAUGAUGAAUUAAGAGUAAAAUCAGUGAAGGGUGUUCGUAUAAUGGACGCGAGUGUGUUGCCAUCACCAAUAUCGUUAUAUCCUAAUUCCGUACUUGUAGCUAUGGCGGAGAAAGCAGUCGACAUCAUAAAAAAAUCAAAUGUUUAA